AUGGCCGCCGAGCAAAGAAAGCUCCUCGAGCAGCUCAUGGGCCACCAGUCCACCUCGCGCGCCGCUCAACUCUCCCUCACAGAUCCCAAAGUUUGCCGGUCCUAUCUUGUAGGCACCUGUCCGCACGACCUCUUCACCAACACAAAGCAGGACCUGGGCCAGUGUCCAAAGGUGCACUCUGAACAGUUGAAAGCCGAGUACGAGGCCUUGUCGGAUCGGGAGAAGCAAAGAUAUGGAUUCGAUUACGAUUACAUGCGCGACCUGCAAAAGUACAUUGACGAUUGCAAUCGGCGAAUCGACGCGGCGCAAAAGAGGCUCGAGAAGACGCCUGAUGAGAUCCGACAAACAAAUGUUUUGCUGAAAACCAUCUCUGAGCUUUCGGCCUCAAUAGCCAACGGCCAACUGGAGAUCGAAGUCCUCGCUUCCAUGAACGAAGUCUCCCGCGCCGUCGAUGAGAAUUUCCGCAUCAAACAGACCAUGCAGCUAAAAAUCGAAAAGGAAAAAGAGCUCAAGGCGCUGUCCGAUACCUCUGGCCCCUCUGGCCACCAGAAGCUGCAAGUGUGCGAUGUCUGUGGCGCAUAUCUAAGUAGGUUAGAUAACGAUCGCCGGCUAGCGGAUCACUUUUAUGGCAAGAUGCAUUUGGGGUAUGCGUCUAUGCGGAAGACGUACGAUGCGUUCCCGAGGGAGUUGAAGAGUAGGCAGAGACAGGGUAUGAUGGAUGGGGAUGACGGUCCCGGAGGAGGGAUGGGAGGACCUAGGGGCCCGAGGGCUGGAGGCUAUAGGAGCGGAAGGGGAGGCCGACGGUGGUGA